GACUGGACAAAAACUGUGUCUUGCCUAGUGGAGUUGAGACGAUACCAGUAUUCUGCGUUAUCUGUGUUCUUUAAAGGCUAUUUACCAAUCGGAUUUGGGUGUAGACUAUGGUGUAGGCUUGAGUAAGCGCCUCCCAGUACUGCCCCUGCCUGUGUUGAAUAAUAAGGUAUUCCACCUACGACUUUGUCUUAGAUCAGUGACAUUUGCGGUAUUUAAUCGACUGGAAGUACAUCGAUAACGCGCAUUGAAAGGAUACUUUUCGACGAGUCAAAUGGCUCACGCAGCAUCAGUUAUCAAAAUAUUUGUGCCGAUUCUAAUACUGAUUAUACAAGUCCAGGGGUAUGGCAGAGGACUACAGAAACUUCACAGGCAGAAGAGAGAAUGGAUAAUUUCUCCCAGGAAACUAAUGGAGAAUGAAGACUAUACUAAGUGGGAAUACAUAGCAAAAAUACGCAGUGAUGAAGAGAUCAAUGUACGGUACUCUCUCGUAGGCAAAGGAGCAUCUGAAGAGCCGUUCAACCUUUUCACAGUGAAUGAAAAGACUGGCUAUGUCAGGAUCCAUGGCAUUCUUGACAGGGAGGAGACACCUUCUUACCACUUGAAGGGAGUGGCCAUGUUCACAGAUGGGAACCGUGCAGAGAAAGACAUUGACCUGGUGAUAGUAGUUGAAGACCAAAAUGAUUGUCCACCUGUGUUCUCUUUCGAAAUUACUGGGGAAGUCAGUGAAGCAAGUGCAACAGGUACCUAUGUGAUGAAAGUCAACGCCACAGAUGCAGACAAGCCCGGGACGCUUCACUCACAGAUAGCCUACAGUAUUGUUGCUGGGGGCGGUAGCAUGUUCUACAUCAACCAGAAAACAGGAGAGAUCCAUGUCAAACAGCAAACUCUAGACAGAGAGACCCUUGACACUUACACUCUAACAAUCAAAGGAACUGAUAUGAACGGAAGUCCUGGAGGGCUCUCGGGAACUGGAAAAUUUGUUGUCAAGAUUCUGGAUGUAAAUGACAACAUUCCGACCCUGGAAAAUACCUAUUACGAGGCCAAAGUAAUGGAGAACACAUUCAACGUGACGGUGUUGAGGAUCAAAGCACUGGACGCUGAUUUAAUCCACACUGAUAACUGGCUGGCUCUCUUCACCAUUGUGUCUGGAAAUGAAGCAGGAUACUUUAGCAUCACCACAGACAGCAAGACAAACGAGGGCAUUCUGGUGCUGAACAAGGCCUUAGACUACGAGCAACUGAAAGAGCUCAACCUGCUGGUGGCUGUUUCCAACAAAGCAGAGUACCACUCCUCCAUCAUCACCUCCACCACCAAGACCAAGACUUACCCCAUCAAGAUUCAUGUCCAAAAUGAGCCAGAGGGCCCUCGCUUCCAGCCUUUAGUCAAAGUGGUGCGUGUCUCAGAGGAUCACACCACCAUUAACCUAAAAGAGGUCAUCACUACCUACGCGGCCAUUGAUAGUGACACGCUGCUGAUUGCCACCAAUGUCAUAUAUGCCAAAGGAGAAGAUAAGCAUAACUGGAUAACGAUAGAUCAACACACUGCUGAAAUCAGACUGAAUAAACUCCCAGACAGAGAAUCCCUCCACCUGGUUAAUGGGACCUACUAUGCCAAAAUCAUUUGUAUCACAACAGAUUUUCCAAGAAAAACAGCCACAGGAACCAUCGCUAUUCAAGUUGAGGACUUCAAUGACAAUUGCCCGACCCUUACCAGCACGAACCAGACUGUGUGCUUUCAGGAGAAUGUGGUGUAUGUCACAGCCGUGGAUGGGGAUGCCUAUCCCAAUGGGGCACCAUUUGAAUUUAAAGUUGUGUCCAACACAAAAGAAGAGUGGUCUGUAGAACGCCUGAAUGACAGCACGGCCAUCUUACGACCCAAAGAGAGUCUGUGGCCAGGCAGGUACAAGGUCUUUAUGGUGAUCAAGGACCAGCAGGGAAAAGCCUGUGAUAAUGACCAGGUGUUACAUUUGGAGGUGUGCAGUUGUACCAAGGACAACAAGUGCCUCCCACGGCUGGAUAGGAGACCUAGCGCCACCCUGGGACCAGCAGGCAUCCUCCUGAUGCUCCUGGGACUCCUACUGCUUUUCUUGCUGCCUCUCCUGCUGCUGUUCUGCCUGUGUGGUGGUGCUGGAGACGUGGGCGGUUUUAAGCCCAUGCCCUGGGAAGCCAAACAGCACUUGGUCGAUUAUAACUGCGAGGGCCAAGGGGAAGAUAAGGACGUGCCCAUGGUGUUCUUUCCAACAGAAGUGGACGGUGGCUUAGUAACGAAAGGGAAGGUGGACCUCAUAGGCGCUGCUGGUUCACAUUUGUCUCAAAGUAACAUUAAUAAUGGACACUACCACUGGUUUAACCAAGUAAACACGGAUCAUGGAACAUGGUAUGGGCAACAUGGCCAAGGAUUUGGGGGAUCAUCAGUCCAGAGGGGUGCAUUUGAAGGCAUUGCUCUGUCUGAGGAGUUCCUUAGAAACUAUUAUUCAAAUAAAGCCAGCUGCGUGGAGGGGCUUGAAUCUGCAAAAGAAAACCUGCUCAUCUAUGAGUAUGAGGGCCAGGAGUCUCCGGUGGGCUCUGUGGGCUGCUGCAGUCUCCUCGAGGAAGACCACGACCUGGAGUUCCUCAAUGACCUGGGGCCUAAAUUUAAGACUCUGGCUGGCAUCUGUGGUGGUGCGGCCUUUGAAUUUGAAUCUAGUAAGGUGAUGGUCCCAGCUCCUCAGCCUUCUGCGUCACAUGUGACAAACGUUUGUUCCAGUGGGGAGAUCUCACAGAGCAUCAGCGCAGCCAAAGCCGAUGCCAAAAGCUUGGCCACUUCCUCCACCAUGGUCCAGGAAAGCGUUUCCUCUACAACCUGCCAUGCAGCCACCAACAUGCAUCUUCAAGAGAAUAGAGUGGUCCCAACCCAGACACUACUUAUCCAGCAGCCAACUCUCUACUAUGCUGCUGCCCCACCUAUGUAUGUAGUGGACCCACAUCCCCAUCCCACCCUGCUUGUAGGCCCUACAGUCAAUGUGGGUGAAAACCUGGUCAUGGUAGAGAGACAAGCCACUACAGGUGGCUCUAUCCAGCUACAGGGGAUAAGGCAGGGUGUCGUUGGGCUGGAUAACCUCCAGGGAGCCCACAGCUUGGUUCUGGUGGAAGGGAGGGCCUCUGCUGCUGGUGACCCUCAGGUCAUGGUAGAGAGACAUGCCACUACGGGUGGCUCUAUCCAGCUACAGGGGAUAAGGCAGGGUGCCGUUGGGCUGGAGAACCUCCAGGGAGCCCACAGCUUGGUUCUGGUGGAAGGGAGGGCCUCUGCUGCUGGUGACCCUCACCAGAUUAUUGGCACGUUAGGUAGAAGGCAAGUGGUUGAGAUGCAACAAGGAAUGGGCAGCAGUUCUGUGAACCAAAUGGGCUAUGGUGUGACCUCUGGUAAUAUCUCACUGUCAGAGACAGCAGUAACUGCUGGAAGUGGAAGGCUACAGCAUGAAGGCAGUGGAGGUUUCAUUCAGGUUGUCCCAUCCCAAAGCCAUAUGAGUCAGAGUGUAGAAGUGAGAGGCCAAAGUGCGUCUUUGAAUGUUCCUCUCGAGACAAACAAAGUGUUUGUUCAGGAGAGGGUGUCGUUCACUGAGAGAAAUAUGCAAUCCAGUAGUAUAGCAUAAAAUGCUAAGACUUAAACACACUUUUUCCGUUUAAUGCAUUAGGUACUGUGGGUAAGAACAGAACCAAAAUGUACAUUUCUGGUGGUAACACUUGUUGCUUUUAUUGUUGAUGUUGCCUGUGUUCCUGGGUGGAGGGCAUAGCGAGAUAAAUGUUCUCCACUCUAGUUGACAGACAUUUUGACAAGCACUCCCGAGCAACUAGGGAGACCAGUGCCUACUACUACGGCCUACUUCUGAUGAAAAGGGAAAGUCAAAGUAUUUACCAAACACUGGUACAAAACCAUGAAUGUAAAGUGAAGAUAUAGUGUUACUAGGAUUUAGUGUUUAUUCCAUUAGCGGAAAAGGGUCGCCAACAAAAAGAAGUCUUUAGUUUUAUUUUGGCUUCGGUAGAGGAUGUAUUGUAUAUAUUUUAAGAUGAUGACACAUUUUAAAUGAUCUAUCAUUAUUUAAUACAAAACUUUAUUAAACUGUACCCAGCACUAUAUUUAGUUUUUUUGUACGCCCCCUAUAUUGGAGAUCAUGAAUUAAGUGUCAUUUAUUAUAAUAAUGUAAUGUUUUCAUAUUUUGGGGGGAAGGCUUGUUUUUAAAAACAAGUAUUUAAAAAAAUUAAAACUUGGAUAGACGGUACAUAAACGGGGAAUAACAAGUGUGUUUGGCUUAGGUUUUCUCUGCUUAUUAUACACUGCUUAUUAUUACUUCUAGAUGGUGCUACUGUUCUUUAUAUGGGCUCCCACAUCUUAUUAGUGAUAUGCAUUUAUGUAUAUUUGUGUAAUGUAAUAAGCAAAAGAAAUAAUCACUUGAACCACAGAAUGAUUUUUUAAAAUAUUUUUUUUGUUCCUUUUCCUGUGUGUUUGGCCCUGCUUUUUGACACAGUUGGCUAGGGUACAGAAAUGCAAUGGCGAUUGAAUUAUGUUUUAUUGCCACAUUUUCAGAUUUUUUUUUAAACACAGCAGAUGUAUUGUAUGCCUAAAUGCACUGAAAUAAAUGGAUUUCGAAUUCAAA